AUGUUUCCUGCUGCUGCGCCAUCGGUCUAUCAAUCGUCAAAAUGUUUCGUGACACACGGUUCUAUGAGCCAUGUUGAUACCAAGCAAACUCCUCGUAAAGGCAAGCCAUGGGCCGCAAUUACGUCGCUGGAUUUUAUUCACAAGGUCGAUCUGAUUCUGCCUGCAGAGGUACACGAUGCAGUCAGUGAGCAGCUUGCCAAGACUACGGGGCCUCCACGCUAUUCAAGGGUGGUUAUGUCUCUUGGAGACGUCCUGCAAGGCGACUUCUUUACAGAGUACAUCAAGAAGGGUGAUAUCGCCAUGCAUUCAGAGGGACAAACAACUGUCGGCACUCUAUUUACUUUGUGUGAAGGUGUCCUUACAAUGUAUGUGGAUAAAGAGGCACAUGAACGCGCAGGUCUUCCAGGAAAGCCUUAUGGAUCGAAGGGUGGAAGGGGAUCCAAACCUCGUUGGACUAUAACAUAUAACCUCAGAGACCCAUCGAUACUCCGGGGAAAGAAGGGCUUCGAUAGAUUGAAAUAUGCCUGUAAAAACGUCUUCAAUCAACCUAUGACAUGGCUAUUUUGCAACAAGACGACGCAAAUUCCAAACCCAGACCCAUUACAGCAGUUCUUCCCCACGGCCUUCACCUCAACACCCAUCAUAUCUCAAAAUCUUGCGGUCGCCCAACCAAGUCUCGAUGUCGACCCGGAUAUUCUUACAGAGAACAACCGUGAAGCUCUUGAGUAUUUCGCUACGGAGAGGAACAAGUGA